AGUCAGUUUGCAAUCGCCGAGUUCCUCCGCAAGUAGUAAAAAUGGCCCACCGCGCUAAAGCCACGACGUUCGCCCAGGCCUGGCUCCGUGACACGGCCGCGUGGCCGGUCAUCGGCGUCAUUGUCGGCGCCUGCGCCCUCGCCGGCGGCGCCUCGGUCCGCUACCUCACGAGCUGCCCGCACGUGCACUGGAGCAAGGAGAACCGCGGCAGCCCGGUCCGUGACAACGUCAACGAGACGAGCUGGAACUCGCACCGCAACCCGAUCCGCCUCAUGAGCGACAACCGCAUCAACACCUUCCAGGAGCAGUCGCGCCAGUAGAGUGUCUUUGAUCGCCAGAUCGAGUCGUCCGCCCACGAGUGCGACGGACGCCAUUGGUUUGGCCGAUUGCGUAUUUUAAAAGCCCAAAUCGAGUUGUAUUGGUUCAUAGU